ACGAAGCUGCAAAAGACUAGGGGCGACAAUCGUCCGGCUUGAAAAAAUAACACGUUUUUCUUUAUCAAAUUUGGAGCUCCCACAGGCAGAGUUCCUUGCGAAAAAAAGGAUCCAUGAGUAUGACAUCGUUGAGGGAAUCGACAGAAGGAUCAUGGCCCUCAAUUCAGAGACGUUGCUAAGCUACAGCCAGUUCCUGCAGUGUGGUGCCUGCUCUUGUGACAUCACCUCCCCCAAGCUGCUCUCCUGCCUGCACAGCUUCUGUCAGACAUGUUUGAAAGAUCAGGAUGGGUGUCACGUUGUCACCUGCCCCACCUGCCACCAGCCCACCGAGAAGGCUGAGGUGAAGGACAACAAGCUUUUAUCUGACCUGCAAAGCAAACUGGACAUCCUGAGGCAGUUAGCCAGGGGCAGUGACCUGUCCUGCUCUUGCUGUAAUGCCUCAGCAGGGUCCAUGUGCUUCGAGUGCGAGAAGUUUCUGUGGCAGAAGUGUUUUGAUGUCCACCAGGUGUUCACUGCAAAGGACAGUCACUCAGUGGAGAGCUUGGAGUCCCUGAAAGAGAUGAGCUUCCAGGAAUUCCUGGCCACUGCUCGGAAGAACAGGCUUCCCUAUUGCCCCGACCACGACAAACAGACGAUCAGUAUCUUCUGUCGAACCUGUUCCAAGUCCAUUUGCACCACAUGCACUGUACUGAUGCACAAGCCUCCCGAUCAUGAGUACAGGGACAUCAAGCAAGAGGCCCAAGAGCAGAAGGAUAAUAUUGCUGAAAUGUGCACUAAGCUGUGUAAGAAAGAAGAUGCCUUUGAAGAAAUCUUGAAGAAGCUGUUGAAUCUGAAGGGCGACCAUGAGCCCCGAAAGAAGGAGCUGGAAGAACAGAUCAAGGUGUCAGUGAAUGAAGCUGUGAGGAAAGUGGAGCAGAAAGGAGAAGCCCACUUGAAAGAGCUGGAGGGAAUUCACAAGGGCAUGGAUGCCAAGAUGAGCAAGAAGCUGCUUCACAUGGAGGAUGUGCAGAAGAGAAUUGAAGGCAGCAAGGAUCUGCUGGAGAACAUGAUCAAGUACGCCACUGAUGAAGAAGUGAUGGAGAUGCAGAAGUUUGUGAAAUCGUCUCUGCAGCAGCUCCAGAGAAGUAAGCCUGGGAAUGCAGACGCACUGGACUUCACAGUAGAGUUUAAGAAAACUGACCCGGAGCCACUCAACCUAUUGGGCAGCCUAGUGGUUCAUAAAGAUAUGGCAACAGGAACAAAUCUGGAGGCUUCAACACCGAUCAAGAUUAAAAGAGAGAGGCAGGAUGAUGAAGACAUUAAACCUGGAACAUCUUUAGCCUCUGAACUGCCACCCAAGCGCCUUUACACACCUUCUCUUGAAAAGCCAGGUUUCAGUCCAGCUGCACUGAAUGCUUUACCUCCAAAUGUUAGACAACAAAUUGACUUAAACAUAUUAACAGAUGAUUCCCUACUGGAUUGCAAUGAUGAUGAAUGUGAAGAGACACAAUCUGGGACCUCUGACAUGCUGAAUAGUGAUGAUGAGAAUGAUGGGGGUGCGAGUGCCUCCCAGUCACACCUGAGCAGCUCUUUCUUCAAACCCAAUCUCAACAUAGAAAACUGCACCCUUGUGUUUUUUGAUUUGAAGACCACUGGACAAGAACAAGCACCUGAUAUUAUCCAGCUGUCCGCUAUCAGCCAAUACAAGACUUUUGUUGUCUCCAUACUAUCUCCCCAGCAGAUCGAAGGAGGCGUCAAUGUAGUUCAAACCCGCACUGAGGCCCUGACCGCCUUCCUGGCCUUCCUCCACACGCUGGUUCAGCCUACAAUACUAGUAGGGCACAACAUCUGGAAGAUGAAGUGCCCCAUUCUGUGUAGGCAUCUUAAUGAACUCGGCCUGAAAGAUGAGUUACAGGAGUUAGUGUCCGGCUUUCUGGACACUGAAUCUUUGGCUAGAGACAACUUAAAAGGCAAAGACAUUAAGAAGUUUUCCCAGCAGGAUCUGUCAAAGAUGUUGCUCAAAAAAACAUAUCCAGGGCACAACACUUUAGAAGCAGUCAAAAAUUUGCAGGAACUCUACCAAUCCUUAUGCCCUGCACAAGAGAAGCACCUGUUCUCGCUUGUUCAGUUGGAAGCUCACAUGUCUCUGCAGCCUCUAGUCCUGGCGAUGGCUGUCACUAAACCCUCAGCUCAGACACUGGCUCAACAGGGUAUCAGUUUUGAGACCUUGAAGCAAGCAUAUCAGAAAGAUCCUAAAAAGGGCUUGAAGCAUUUGUUGAGAUAUCUAGGCAAUGAGCUGGGUCCCAACAAACUUUCUACAACCAUUAGACAUACCCAGGCCUUUUUUUUAUCAAAGCUAGCGCAUUAGAGAUGGGUAAUUCAAGAUGAUUGUUUCAGGGUUAGUGAAAAUGAUUUCAGACACAGUCAAUAAAUUGAAUAAAGGUUUAUUAACUUAUGAUAACUAGUUUGACUGCGAUGAUACAAAAGUUUUAAUCAUUCUAUUAAAAUAUUUGUUAAAUCAAAUAAAGAGAGAAAAUACUCCAAUGCAGUGAUAACAUACAGAUUUAGACAGGAAAUGUGUAGCAGUUUAUGACUGGGCUGUCAGUUUCAGAAAUACCACUGCCAACCCUUAUACAAGUUUCCCAUAGUAAAAGUAAAGAAUUCGAGGGGUAUGGUAAAUCAUAUUAAUAAACAUGACAAACCAGGGUAAACUAUGGUAAAUGCACAGUAUAACCAUGGGAAAAGCAUGGAAAAACAGCAAAAAUACCAUGGUAAACUUUUAUAAGGGAAAUCCUGAUCACUCAAACAUAUGUAAAGAAAUAUUUGUUUUUGUAUGUGUUUUCUACAUUUUUUAAGAAUUAGUUAUUGUUUUAGGUAUUUUCUUUAGUAGAUCAUUGGAAAAUAACACUCAGAUGGCCAUUGCAGUUACUUUGCUCUUGUCAUAAGCAGUGAAAAGGUUUUAAUUUAGCGUACCUGCAAUUCUCAGUAUUCACAGAGGUAGUGCUCUCUUCAGUAGCACUGUUUCCUAGAAUUAACACAGACUGAACCUCUACUAAACUCCGGCUCUCACUUCUUACUGUAUAUGGCCUGGAGCUCCCCAGUCACUUCUAGCAGACUCGUGUAUUGGUAUGACUAUCCAUCCAUCCAUUAUCUGUAACCGCUUAAUCCUAUCGAGGGUCGCGGUGAGCCAGAGCCUAACCCGGCAGACAUAGGGCGCAAGGCAGGACUACACCCUGGAGGGACGCCAGUCCAUCGCAGGGCAACUAAGGGGCAAUUUAGAGAGUCCAAUCCACCUAGCCAGCAUGUCUUUGG